UUUCAAUUGAAAUUUUCCAAAGCGACAUUCUACCGUGUGAAAACUUGGGCCCAAAAGCGGUAUCCUCCGAAGGAGAGAGAAAAGAAGGAGAAGAUGGACACAGAGUGGUCCAAAGACGUUCCCUGCUCUUCGAUCGCCGUCGAGUCCAUCAUUAGCGUCGGAACUGGCGGAUUAAUCUGGGGUUCAUGUGCUGGUUCCUACGAUGCGAAACAAAUAGGUCUGACUGGCAUUCCCCGCGCUUCUUUCGUGGCCAAGACGGUUGGUAAAUACGGGUUCCAAUGUGGACUGUUUGCUGGAAUAUUUUCAUUUACACGGUGUGGGAUUCGAAGAUACCGCAAGAAAAACGAUUGGGUGAAUGCUCUGGUUGCAGGUGGGGUUGCAGGGGCAGCCAUUGGUGCUGGAACCCGAAACUGGAAGCAGGUGGCUUUAAUGACUGCUUUCCUUUCUGGAUUUUGUGCCAUUGCUGACCAAUCAACACCACCAAUCUGAACAAUCAAUCUUCUUCCUUCUUCAACUUCAACAACACCAACACCAACAACCUGCUGAUUAUUAUAACAUAUGUUGCUCACCAAUCAAAAGAGUAGACAUUGUUAUAUUUAUAGGCUAUAACAUGAUUCCAACUUUAGAUUAGGGAGGACUGAGGAGGUUUAACUCAAACUAUAUGAAACUGUGGAUUGGAACCUAUUAUGUUAUGUUAUCUCACUGAUUAAACCCCAUAUUUUUUUAAUCAACAACAAAAAUAUUUAUUUAGUUUA